AUGUACAAACCCAAACCCACAGAAAGACGGGUAGAAGACCCCAACCUGCGCAUCGGCAUCGUCCACACCCGCUGGAACUCAAAAGUCAUCCAGCCGCUCCUGAAAGGCACGACCGACAAACUCGCCGCCCUCGGCGUCAAGCCCGAAAACAUCGUCAUCGAGACCGUCCCGGGCUCCUACGAGCUGCCCUACGCCGUCUCGCGCAUGUACGCGGCCUCGCAAAUCCAGGCCUCGACAUCCACCGCCGGCGCGUCCGCGAGCGUCGACCUUCUCUCCGGCGGCAGCACCACCCCGCCGCCGGCUGCUACCACCGCCACCAAACCGUUCGACGCCAUCGUCGCCAUCGGCUGUCUCAUCAAGGGCGAGACCAUGCACUUUGAGUAUAUCUGCGACUCGGUCUCGCACGCGCUCAUGCGUCUGCAGAUCGACCUCGGCGUGCCGGUCAUCUUUGGCGUGCUCGCGUGCUUGACCGAGGAGCAGGCUAUGGCCCGCGCGGGUCUGGUCGAGGGCAAGAUGCACAACCAUGGCGAGGACUGGGGUGAGGCCGCGGUCGAGAUGGGCGCGAAUGCGGCAAAGUGGAAUAGUGGAAAGUUUUAA